CCCGCAUGGGUUUCCUACCUUACCCGCUAUUACCAGCUCGAUCUUAAUUCUCAAUUUCCAGGGCACACUCUACUAUUAGUACGUCGUCUGCUCAAAACUUUUCUCCCCCUUCUUCCACCGGCAAAGCCAACGAUGCCCCGGACUCGAGAGUGAACCGUGACGUAGUCCCGAGCCGCCAAUUCCACCUUGUUCCCGUUUUUGGCCCCUCUAAGAACAAAGGAAAAGGACGAACAUCGCCGGUCACUACAGUACAUACCGGUAGACAUCAUUAUGGGGCCCUCUACUGCCCUUGACAAACGGCGAGCUGCUGCUGAGUGCAUCUCGGAUGAAGCGCUGAUCCACCUCAAGUCGUACAAAUAUUCAUCAGUUGACAAGUCGCCUGUGUCACAUUACAUCCUCCGUCCCUAUUGGAAUGCCGCUGUCAACUUUCUACCAUUAUGGCUGGCCCCGAACAUGGUCACGUUGAUUGGCUUCAUGUUUAUCCUGGCUAACAUCGGAUUGCUUGUCAUCGUCAUGCCCGAUCUAGUGGGACCGGCCCCGUCAUGGGUCUACUACAGUUUCGCCUUCGGCUUGUUCAUGUAUCAGACCAUGGACAACCUCGACGGCAAGCAGGCUAGGCGCACUCGCACUUCGAGCGGCCUUGGGGAACUCUUCGACCACGGCAUCGACUCCCUCAAUUGCACUCUUGGUAGCCUCCUCGAGACGGCAGCUAUGGGUCUCGGCACCUCCCGGUCUGGCGUGUUCACCGCCCUCGUUCCCUGCCUUCCCAUGUUCUUUUCCACCUGGGAGACCUACCACACCCACACGCUCUAUCUCGGCACCUUCAACGGCCCGACCGAGGGCAUCCUCAUCGCCUGCGCCGUCAUGGUCAUCUCGGGCCUCUAUGGGCCCGGGAUCUGGACGGAGCCUAUCGUCGACAUCAUCGGCGAGAAGAGCCUGUUUGGCCUGUCGUCGGUUCUCGGCGACCACUCCAUUCGCGACUUUUGGAUCGUCAUCAUCGUCGGCUCCCUCCUCGUCGGACACAUCCCCUUCUGCGUCUAUCAUGUGGUCUGCGCCCGCCGUCAGAAGGGCCUUCCCGUGGCCCCCGUCUUCCUCGAGUGGACGCCCAUGGCGGUGUACACCCUGGCCAUCGGCGCAUGGCUUUACUCGCCUCACUCGACCCUCAUGCGCGACAACCACCUCGUGCUCUUCUGCUUGACCAUGUCCUUCGUCUUCGGCCGCAUGACCACCAAGAUGAUCCUCGCCCAUCUCACCCGCCAGCCCUUCCCCUACUGGACCGUGAUGCUCUGGCCCCUUGUCGGUGGCGCCUUUCUCGGUAACCUGCCGCGCUUUGGCUUCGCGCCCAUCUCCGCCGGAUUCGAACUCGCAUACCUGUAUGCCUAUUUUGCUUUCGCCUUUGUGGCCUACUCUCGCUGGGCUUACCUCGUCGUCACGAGUAUCUGCAACUUCCUUGGCAUCAACGCCCUCACGAUUCCCAAGGAGAUUCAGCUGGAGAAUGAAAGGGCGUUGAAGAAACAGAACUAGUUCGACCGGGCAAACCAGAAGCCUAGACCGAAAAUGCGUGCCGUAGCGGCUGAAAGGGUUUCAACAUACCUGGUGUUUUAGAAAGAGAGAUGGAGAGGGAAGGAGGGGUUGGUUUGGUUCGGUUACAGCAAGACGGACGGAAAGCUUAGACAGCACUACGAUAUGCACCUUUGUCGGCCGUGCUGAGACGAGGACGGAAUCUAGCAUGCCGGCGCAAGACUUGAGGCGUGGGGACUUUGGAAGGAAGGUCUGGCAUCACUUUUUGCAUCAGCGGUCGGGGGUUCUGGGCGUUGGGGAGCAGGUUGUGCCAUUUUCAACCUGGCGCGAGCAUCGCAUGGUACUUUUGGCUGCCAUUGACUUACAGCACUGUUUCGGUUCGACGGUCCAAGUCUCAGCAUCGAUCUGCUCGAGCAUCGGGCAGCAGAGGUAAUUAAAAUUUAGACAUAGUGGGCCUGCACCUGAAUAAUAUUCGUACACACACA